AAGGUGAGUGAUUACUGUCGGUAAUACUUUGUCUACCCUUAGCGCACGUAGCGUGAUGCAUCUCGCUCCCAAUUCUCUGCGGCUAGGGUGUCGUUCAUUGGCACUCUAAUUCGCGCGCGUGUCCUGUUCGAUGGAAUCUCAGAAAGAGUUCCGGUCUUUCGACAGAGGGAGGAGGAGGCCACGAUGGCCGGCAGCGUCAGCAACGGCAGCGGGAAGAGCCUGGCGCGCUGGCUGCGGGAGAACGGGUUCGACGACGACGCCGUGGCGCGCAUGUCCAGGCGGUGCAGGAACCUGCACAGCCUCGACGCCGGCGAGGCCCCGGGCGUGUGGGACUACCUCCUGACCGGCGUCAAGAUGGAGCGGCGGAAGCUGCGGCACGUGGUGGCCAAGUGCCCCAAGCUGCUCACCCUGUCCGUGGACGGCAAGCUCGCGCCCACGGUGCAGUGCCUCGCCACGCUGCAGGCCAGGCCCGGGGAGGUGGCGCAGGCCAUCGCCAAGUUCCCCCAGAUACUGUUCCACAGCGUCGAGGAGAAGCUCUGCCCGCUCCUCGCCUUCUUCCAGACGCUCGGCGUCUCCGAGAGGCAGCUCGCCAAGCUGCUCAUGGUCAACCCGCGCCUCAUCAGCUACAGCAUCGAGGCCAAGUUCUCGCAGACCGUCGGCUUCCUCGCCGGCCUCGGCGUCGACAGGGAAGGCAUGAUCGGCAAGAUCCUCACCAAGGAGCCGUAUAUCAUGGGGUACAGCGUCGACAAGCGGUUGCGCCCCACUGCCGAGUUCCUCAAGUCGGAAGUCGGGUUACAGGGGCCAGAUCUCCAGAGGGUGGUCAUGACCUUCCCCGAUAUACUGUCGCGAGACGUGGAUAAGAUCCUGCGGCCCAAUCUGGCGUUCCUACAGAGCCGCGGAUUCAGCAGGGAUCAGGUCACGGCACUGGUAGCUGGUUACCCUCCUGUUCUCAUCAAGAGCAUCAAACAUUGCCUGGAGCCAAGGAUCAAGUUCCUGGUCGAAGAGAUGGGGCGGGACAUGGGCGAGGUGGUAGGUUACCCCCAGUUCUUUCGCCAUGGCCUCAAGAGGAGCCUGGAGUACCGCCACAAGGUGCUUAAGCAGAUGAACUCGAGCUGCAGCCUCAGCGAGAUGCUAGACUGUAACCACAAGAAGUUUGCCAUGAAAUUCGGUUUGGUCGCAGCAGUUUAGGUACUCAACUUUUCUCUAGUCCAAUCCAAGGUAGUUUGUUUUAUUCUCAGGUGAAUCUUUCCGUUUGUACCGUCAGGUUGUGUUGUUCUUUUGAACAUUUGGGCAAUGAUAACUAAUAAUUCAAGGUCCUUUACAAGUAUCAA